AUGCUCAAGCAACCCGAGAACAAGGUUCGUGUCAAUGCACGCCCUGGUCGCCUGGGUUGUCUAUGUCGCUCAUCCCUCGUGACUGACCAUCGGCCAUCUUCACGAAUACCGCUCGCAGCUCUGCGCCGAUUGCAAAAGAAACGGCAAGUCUGUCACAUUCUUUAUCGCGUGUUGAAGAUAAGCGGAUCUAAUGUUUUCGAUCGGUGCCAUUCACAGAUCCUCGAUGGGCGUCGAUCAACCUCGGCUGCUUCAUGUGCAUCAGGUGCUCUGGUAUCCAUCGAGGAAUGGGUGUUCACAUCACCCGAAGUAGGUCCUCAACAUACAUCUUCCGACAUGUGAAAUGUCGCUCAACUCCGCUCUUUGUUGCUGGCCACAGUCAAGUCGGUUGAUCUCGACACCUGGACCCCAGAACAAGUUGCUGUCAGUAUUGAAGAGCGGUAGACCAUCAAUCCUUGCGCUCCGAGACUGAGUAUGUGCUUGAUCUUGCUUCAGCACGUGCAACGAUGGGGCAAUCGGAGAGCAAACGUAUAUUGGGAAGCCCACCUCAAAUCCGGACAUCUUCCGCCUGAACAGUAGGUCAACAUCAUCCGAGUAAUUGACUUCUUGAACUAGGCUCACUCUGAGACUGUGACGAACCGAAUAGCAAAAUGGAGUCGUUCAUCCGAUCCAAGUACGAGCUGAAACGGUGGGCCAUGGAAGGACCGAUUCCUGACCCCGAGACCCUGGAUGACGAGACGCCCACUGCGACUGCUCCCGCACCCGUGUCCUCGACUCGUCCCGCUGCAAUUCGAACAACCGCUGCUCCCACCGCGACUCGCAAGGCGGCACCCACAACAUCGAUCGAUCUCCUCGCUGGUCCCGGCGAUUCAUUUGCAUCCGCUCCGUCUCGCUCUUCCUUGAAGCCUGCUGCGGCGCCCAUCCCGGCGGCUACCUCCGGCGGAGGCCUCUUUGACCUCGACAUGGGGCCGACGUCGACCACUUCGGCGCCUGCUGCCGCCCCUGCGCCCAAACGUGAUGCCAAAGCCGACAUCCUCUCUCUCUUUGCCAGUGCACCGCCACCUCGUCCCGCUCAGACGCAGGCUCAACCCCCCAACUCGGGCUCGGCGGAUGCGUUCGGUGAUGUCUCGUCGAGCUUCAGUAGCCUCAGCUUUGGUGCGACACCAGCGGCGGGUCCGAGUGCCGGCUCGAUGACGGAUCUUUGGGGAAGUACGACUACGGCGACCCAGUCGACGAUGCCGGUAAGCCAUGGCGGGUUUGGAGGUGGAAACGAUGAUGGGUUUGGCGCGUUCGGAGUUGCCAUCUCGAAUGCUAGUAGCCAGCCUGCCAAGGUGAGUACCCCUGUCGGGCUAGAGAUCAAGUUGUGGGCUACUUAUCGGUCUUGUUACACUCUAGUCCUCGAACGACUUUUUCGGAGGUGCUUCAUCGAGUGUGUGGGGUAGCAAUGCCCCUGCGCACGCACCGGCGCCGGCGGCUUCGAACGGCAACGACGGCUUUGGAGACUGGGCGACUACAACCACCUCGACAAGCAACAAGGGCUCGUCGGCGGAUGCCUUUAGUGACAUUUGGAAGUAG